UCGCAAAAAAGUUGCGGAGCUCAAAUCCAAAGCCGUUGGACCGUUGCCAGCCAAUCACCACGCCGGCUUGGCCCGCAGCCAUCAACCCUGACCUCACACCAGCGCGGCGUCAGGAGAACGUCGCGUGUCUGCAUUGGCAUCUUCUUGCACACAUUCGUUCCUUUCGUUCGUUCGCUUCUUGCUUUGGGUACUCGCGCAAAGUCCCAAUUGAUUCGCCAUGGCGCCAAAAUUCAGAGACGGCGACACGGUCGCAUCUUUCAAUGGAAAAUGGGUCUCUUAUGCGCACACCGCUAUGGCCUAUGCUGCCUUUGUUGGUGCCCUCAUCGUUGGAAUACGGUUGCACUACCACAAGAUUGUACAGAAUGAGAUCGCAGGCUACCCAGAGGAAUGGUUUCCUUCCGUCUCUGCCACCAUUGGCGACCGUUAUCCCGAGCGAUCCGUCUUCAUGCUCUUCAUUGCCCUCACGUCCGGCCCUCGACUUGCGCUCGUUGGUCUUUGGUACAUCCUGACCCGUCGACCCAACUCAGCCCUCCCCAAAUUCGUUGCCGGCGUCGGCGUCUUCCGAACCUUGACCUGUGGAGGAUGGACCUAUGUCACGUCGACUGAUGACCACGACUGGCACGAUAUCUUCAUGAUCUCGUAUUUGGUGGCUACUCUGCCCUGGACUCUUGGCUGCCUCGCUCUGAGCCCACGCAACCCCACCGCCAUCAAGUACCGCAAGCUGUUUGGCGGAUCCUUCUUCUUGACACUUGUGCCGUUGGUCUACUUCUUCAUCCAGCACAAGGUGCAUCGCAUUCCUGGAGCGUACACAAUCUAUGCCUUCUUCGAAUGGACCCUCGUUCUGCUCGAUGUGGCAUUUGACGCAGUCACAAUGGUCGAAUUCGCGAACUUCGAGAUUGUUGUAAAGGAUGUCCGAGGUGUAUCUCGCGGUGCUGGCACCAAAGCCGUCUCCGACGCUGUUCUCGAGAAAGAGAAGGAGAAGGAGAUCGGUGCCGUCUUCUCUGGUGCCUUUUCUUGGGUUGGUCUCCUCGACGCAGCUGCUGAUGUCUACACUGGCUUUGUCUUCUGGUCUAUGCUGACUGCCCUCGGAGUGUGCGUCUGGUACUUCCCCCUCUGGCACAUGGGCAUCUCUGGCUACGAGGUCAUGGUCAUGAGCACCGUUUCUCCUUUCUUGCUCUGCGUGCGGUCAUUCCGCUUCCUCGUCGUUCGCCAUGUCCGCAUCUGCCACUUGUUGUCGCUCUCAGGCCUGCUCUCCUUCCUUGCCAAGUCGCCUGAGAACCGUCUGUUCUCCGCUGGUUUCGGUGUAUGGAUGGCCUGCUUGUCCUGGGCUGCUACAUUCUACGGAGAGAGGUCGCAGCCUCACCGCCUGGAGGCCCGCAUCUCAGCAUUCUCGCUUGGUCUGGUCGCAUCCAGCGUUGCCAAAUUCGCCUUCUACACUAACAACCCCAUCUGGCCGAUCAUGCAUGAAGCAAACGGCGGCUGGAACAAGACCGGUCUUGGUGUUGCUGUAGUCGCUAUCCUGUGGUCGACGAGGUCUACUGCCAGCUCUGGCGCUGAUCUCCCAGCUCCUGGCCCCACCAAGGGCUCCUCUACCCUGUCUGCUUUCGGUAUCGCUGGCCUCUUUUUCUCUAUGCACUCCUUGUUGUCGGAUUCCAGCACCAUGAUCUCAUGGGUCUGGGAAGGCUACCCUGUACGAGGCCCGCUCGCCGUUCCCCAUGGCGCGGUCACACUUCUCGCCAUGGGUCUUGGACUGUCCAUUGGUCUGUUCGCACCAAACCUUUCGCGCUCAUGGGCCUUCUACGGUGUGGGCUCCAUUGGAGCUGCUGUUCUCACCACUUCCAAGCACUGGACUGGGUACUAUGGAGCGCUUGUCACUGCCAUCUACACUAUGGCUGUAGCCCCCACUCUCAUCUCCCAGGCCGCUCGCCACUCUCCAGCUAAGACAUUCGGUCUUGGAUUCUUGGUGUAUAACUUCAUGGUCCUAUUCCAUGUUUGGGUCGUCGCCUAUGCUUUCGUUCCUGGCGGUCCCCUUGUUCGCGAGCGCACUGACUGGGUCAUGACGACAAUGAUGCUUCUGAUUGGCGCAGGUGUUUUCAGCGCGUCUGCUCAGCCGGCUGCUCUGAAGAGCUAUAAGGGCAAGCGCACUGUCACUGCUGCUGCUAGCAGACAGCGUUCAUACUACCUGUACGUUUUGGGCUUCCUCGAGGUGCUUGCCGUCGCUGUUGCGUACCUUCGCUUCCCUUCUUACAACUACACGCCGUACCACCCCGAGACGAAGUCCAUCACAGCUGGUAUCUGGACUAUUCACUUCUCCCUCGACAACGAUAUGUGGUCCUCGGAGUACCGCAUGCGCGAUCUGAUCAAAGAACUUGAAGUCGACGUUAUUGGACUCCUGGAAUCCGACCUGCAGCGCAUCAUCAUGGGCAACCGCGACACUACCCAGUUCCUCGCCGAAGACCUCGGCAUGUACGUCGACUUCGGUCCGGGUCCCAACAAGCAUACGUGGGGUUCGGCUCUACUUUCCAAGUUCCCUAUCGUGAACUCAACCCAUCACCUCCUCCCCUCCCCAGUCGGCGAACUGGCGCCAGCCAUCGAAGCAACAAUCGACGCCUAUGGAACGCUUGUAGACGUCUUUGUCUUCCACUCCGGCCAGGAAGAGGACCCCGAGGACCGCAGACUGCAGAGCGAGUACCUCGCCAAGAUCAUGAAAGCGACACCUCGCCCCGCCAUCCUGCUCUCGUACCUUGUUAUCAAGCCCGGCGAGGGCAACUACAACACCUAUGUCGGUGAGAAGAGCGGCAUGAAGGACAUCGAUUCCAGCGACUGGGACAGGUGGUGCGAGUACAUUCUCUACAAGGGCCUAAAGCGCACGGGAUACGCCCGUGUGUCUCGUCACACCAUCACCGAUACGGAGCUUCAGGUCGGUAAAUUCGUGGUUGAUCAGCCCGAGAACGGAUACGAUUACAUUCCUGAGGAGCAGGUUGUGCCGGGCCUGCGCUUCCCGGAUCUGUUCAAGGGUGAGGGUGUCAGGGGCCAUAAGUACCAUGUCUUCAAUGAGCCGAGGUACUAUGCUUAGGAUGGAGAGGGUUCCUGGGUUGUCAAAAGAGGGGUGCCCGUUCUUGAGGGUUGAGUGGGUGUAUAUGUAGUAUAGUGUAGCAUAUGCUGAUUCCUUUGUUCGACAGACAUGGCUUUGUGAAGUGGUACUAUUCGAAUAGAGUGACUACAACGCUGUCUUGCUGUAUUCAUUGCUUGGAA